UGCCAUUGCACAUUAUAGCUGCAGAAGAGGAGAGCAGAUAUAUAGAGAGGAAAGAGAGAAGACAAUUCUAACGUAGUUGUUAAUAUGUCAAUUUUAAGUAUAUUUGUUUUACUGUGCUGCAUAGCCGUGCACGACAGUUCCGACACUUGUUCCGGGGAUUCCUGCAAAAAGUUCCAACUGAACAAAGAUAAUUUUAACAAACGUUUACGCGGGCAUGGACUUUAUGAAAUGAUAGUGCCGGGGCACCAUGACUGUGUGAGGAAUUGCUUAUAUCUGUCAGUAUGUAAGUCAAUCGACUUCUACAGAAAAGACAAGACGUGCAAGUUAAACGACGUGAAUAGUACACAGGUGACGAACUCCGACUUUGAGCAGCAAAAUGGCGCCAUAUUUUCAGACAUUACAGUAUGGCCAUGCGCAAUGGCGGGAAAAUGUGGAUCACGGCCAUGUUCAAAGAGACAAAGAUGUAUCCAAGGCGAAGAUACUCAUCGCUGUGCAGACAUUUCUUGUGGCCGUCCUCCAUAUGUACAGAAUGGAAAGGCGACGCUUGUCACACCAGGUGGAUACAUGUAUGGAGAUAAUGCUACUGUGACGUGUGACACAGGGUACAGCCCAGCACAGACAACUGUCCAAUGUAACAUUCUGGAAAAAUGGGACAAUACUGUUUGUGUGAAAAAUCAAAAAGACGAGGAUGACAGUAAAACUAUCGAUGUUUAACUUUCAUAACGAAGAGAGCAUGUUUCCACAUACAUUUCUUAGGAAUGGAAGAGUUAAAAACUCAAUAAAUUAGCAAUAAGGUCAGAAUGUGUGAUUUGCUAAAAAAGCUCUAUUAUGAAUCAUCUGGACGAGUACCUUCUUAAGUAAAUGUUUGUACUAUUACCCAUAGUCCAUCUUGUCUAUUCGGAAGACGAUAUUAAAAUUUUACAAGCAAACAGCUAUGAUUGGUAAAAGUUUGAAACGAUGGACUAUUUUUGCAAAUGCAAUAAAGUAGGAUCUAGCACGAAGGCAUCACUCUUGAAAAAAAUAAUUGGCUUAAAGUCACCAUGAUAUGCUGAAUCUAUGUAAUGGAAAUAUCUAUACGUGUCAAAAUUUUAUUUAAUUGCUCUUUGCAGCGUAGCAUAUGUACAAAUUAUCGGGGAGCAAACAUAAUGCCAUCAAAGAGUUCUUGUUACAUAUAUGUAGAAGGUAUUUGAUUAUGUAUCAACAUUUACUCAACAUUUGAUAUAGGAAUCUGAAAGGCGUUUCUUAACCUUUUAAAGGCAAACUAUCUUUCUAUGAAGGGCGUGAAUUGAUAUUAAUAAACGUCUUAUGUCUACUGCGGGAAGUAUGAGACCAGUGCGAGCAACACAAAUUGCAACUGGGUUUCUGGUAGUCUCUGAUUUAAUUCCCUUUGUUUCGAAAAUGCAAUUUGCGUGUAAGUUCUGCUUUUCCUAAACUUAACAUAAUUUUUCUAAAACAAAAAAGUAAGUGUGCAUUUAUUUCAACUCAUUUAAAAUAUGAUUAAUCAAUACUAAGAGGUAUCAUAUAACUCCAUAUAGAUUAUUUGACGAUAGCAUAGAACAAGGGUUUAUAUUUGACUGACAUCUGAAGAACGUGGCGGAUAUCUACUUUAUUUAAUUAGUCCGAAAUAUUGUUAACUAAUUUGUUAUAGCAAUCUGAAGACUAUCGAAGUACUAUGUAAGUAAUAUAUUUUGAAGAUAUAAAUCAAAGAAAUAAAUAAAGAUGACAUAAUUAUUACCGUAGGAAUAGCCUCUUUGCUGUGGUUUGAUGUUUUUUCUCAAUCAGUUUAUCCUACAUAAAAAUGUACUUGUUUUAUGUCCAUGUAUUGUUAAACGAGGUCCUAAAAAAUAGCGCAUAAUAUAAAAAAUCACAACAUGGCGUUCUUUAUCACACUGUACGCAAUAUUCCUUUACUUAGUAGUUCUCCAAAAAAUGGUAUGGUUUAAAAAGGAAAAUCUUAGCUUACCUUCUUUUUUUUUUAAGAAAACAAAUGUAUAAUAUUUUGGUUUUGGAGCAAUUUUAUCAUAAAUACGAGGGUUAUCCCAGAAAAUCUUGAACUAGCACGGACUGCCGUCCAUUAUUUAAUAAAUACUCAAAUAAUAUGACAGACAUUUAAUUUUAAACUCUAUAGUUCUGUCGAGUAUACAUUGAAAUAACAUCAGUUAAAAUAAUUAUCCGAUGUGUCGCUUAUUUUCGAAAUAAUAAAAAAAGUUCGCGACUUUCUGGGACAACCUCGUAAUUAAAUAUUUGAAAGGAAUAUGAACUGAUUCUAAUAUGCUUGUCUCUGUUAAAACACUCUUACGCUAGAAUGACUUCACGUUAACGUGCGGUGACGUCAAAGUUUUUAUUGCAACCAAGAAAGAGUGCUUUUAUAUUUUAUCCACUGAUUUAGAUAAAGGACAUAUUAGAAUCGAAAUAAUUUAUAGCAAAAGAGUGUUCCGGGCGGUAAUACGUCGUACAAAUAAUUUCCCUCGGGCUGCGCCCUCCUGCAAUUAUUACGCCCGACGUAUGACUGCCCAUCGUGCAUAAACAGUGUUAAGCACUCUUUUGCUAUAAAUUAUUUCUUAAAUAAAUUAUCUUUUACCAUAUUGUUGGAGUAUAAAUAGUUUUGUUGGAUUUAUUUAAUAAGGACGUAUGUUGUAAAAACAAACAUCUGAGCUAGAGAAAGCAAGCUUUAGCGAACAACAAUAUUUAAUUUUAGUGUAAGCCUCCAAGAAAAUAUAUACAAUAACAAAUAUUUAAUUUUACU